CUUCCGAUCCACUAACGGUGCUUUUAGGUACUUCAAGCACCGGUCACCGUUCUCGUCGAACCCGUCGCUUGCGACGAAGGGCUCGACGAGUAAAUUAACUCUCAGACACAGCCCACUGAGUUUCUCGCCGGAUCUUCUCAGAGGGUCGCGUUUCCGAUCCGGUGGUAGAUUCUGCGAAGCACGGCUCUUGCUAGGGUUCGUGUUAGCAACAUCGUCAGGUUAGAGCCCCGUGAGCUCACCUACAAAAGUUAGGGUUACGCUGACAUAGCCUCUCAAGGCUAUCAGCUUAGGUAGGAAAAAAAAAAAAAAAAAAAAUUUGAAAUUACAUCACUCGCCAUGGCGUCCCCGCCCUAAAUGGUCGCGUUCGACGUUUUUUUCACAUACAGAGAGUGUACUCUUUACUUCUGCCCUCCGUACGAAGAUAGCUGGCCGAAAAAAGUUAAUUCUCAUAUCUUACAUAAACAAAUUAUUCUGUCAGAUAUUCGUAUUUGACAGACCUCAUUCAAAAUGUCACUACACUAUGCACUCGAUUAUUGGGAGAAUUUAUUUAAGAAAAAUUACAAAUUCGGUAAUCGGACGUUAUGAUAUUAUAUCAAAAUUUCGAAAUAAUCGUUAGCUUGCUAUUCUAUUUCGUUGUCAAAAUUGUUUGUUCAUUAAAAGGAUACAAAGUGAAAUCGAUGCAUUACAAACGUAAAGCCGCUCUAACCAGUAUUCCUGAGGAUCAAGAGAACGAAGACGAUAAUUUGCACAAAAAAUGGGUACCGAAAAAAAAACAUGAAGUUUUAAAAGCCAAAUACAAAUGCUUGAAGAAGCUAUUCCAAAUUUAUGACGCCAGCGUCAUCGGGAUCCUGCCUGAAGCUACACAAGAAGAAGAAACGAUCAGGAAAAAGAGAUCUUUUCGAACUAAAACCGACGCCUGCGCUGGCACAGCAGAGACGACAAACGGAGAUGAAUUAAUCGAGGCAGACAAGGAAUCUGUGGCCACAGCAGUGAUGAGAGAUCUAAAAAUGACCCAAUGCUCGCUGGUCAAUUUCGAUAGUAAAUCGACUAUUCCCAAAAUCGAUAAAUGCACGACUCGCUCCGUCGAUAAUAUCGUUCUAGAUAAAGAAUAUGUUCCGCAUACAGAAGAGCCACUGCGUGCUGUGCCUUAUUUGAUUCAAGAGCCACGGAAACCUACGCGCUUUCAGUGCUUCGUUCAAAGACUAUUCGGAAUUAGAAGCGACAAGCUAUACGCGAAUUACGUGACGCCCAGUGGCCAUAUCUACGCGGCGAGCGACAAUAAUAUUUCUCACAAUUACUACGAGAAGAGGCGGAGGAAAGGUUUUCAGUUUAGGAGAUUGAGACGACCAAAGAAGAUCCAGUCAGAUGGCGCAUUGAGGAGCGCUAGGGACCCGAUCAUAUUGAAUUUCGUGCAGUCUGUGCAGAGGAGUUGUCUGAUGGACACAACUGCGAGACAGUGUCCAAUAGUGGGAUGCAAGAUGAUGUUUUAUGGCAUAAUAAACUACAACGACCACCUAAACCUUUGCCACUUCGCCGAUCGUAAAUUCGUUUGUCAUUACUGUCACGAAGGCUUUGAGCGGGAACGCGACAAAUGCGUUCACGAGAAUGAGCACAUUGGCAUCACGAAACUGGGCGCGUCGAAGGACUGCCCGACGCCUGAAUCAUUGAAAAUCGCCAGCAACACCCAGACCGAUCCGAGUUUGACGCAAUGCGAUUUUCCAGACGAGAAACUGAAGAAGCUAGUUUCGUUUUUCGACAAAAUCAUCGAUCCCGAGAAAGUUUUGACGGACAUCGGGAAGGGUCGUUGCUCUGAAUGCAAUCUCGACUCCAAUCGUUCGAAAACGGUCACUUUGGACACGACCGCUGAUUGUUCGGAUGCGUCCGAUAAGAAAACCGUGAGCUGCGUCAAUCUGCCGCGACGAGGCGCUGGUCGUUGGUCGUCGUUGUCCAGCUCGGAGGCCACCUCCAAAAGCCCCUUUGGCGCGGGCGCCGCUUGUCAAAUUUGCGGCGAAAACUUUGACUGCCGUCGUCAAUUAAGCCUCCACGUGGACCUAGAGCAUCGGGUCCACGAUAAGUUUUCAAAGUUCCACAGUUGCGCAGGCAUAAUCAACUACAGGCCGAGAGUGAACCGCAUCGACGUCGUCUCUGAGGACGGGAAAAUUAACGUGCAGACUGUCAGCAAACGUCAGUCUUACGUCACUAGCGCUGACACGUCGCUGACGGCCGUCUCCGAAGCGUCCGAGGACUCUGUCAGCUGUGCGCCGUCUGCGAGUCUCGAUACUCGAGUGCUUGGUCAAAAGAAUUCACCGAGAAAAGGUCCCAAUUACAAAUGGACCCCGGAAAAUCAAAUCGUGCGUUCCUAGUUCGAUGUAGUGUGUCGUGAAGUGGCAUUUGUCUAUGUAUAUAUAUAAAACUUAAAUUCC